AUGCAUUUCCUUACGCCUUUUAUUUUUGCAUCCAGCUUGCUGGGCUUAACAACAGCAGCUCCCAAUCCAACAGGAUCGCUUAGUCUUGCAUCAGACAAAGAACCUUUUACCUUCGACUACACUGCACCGAAAGCCAACUCCAAGAACUGGAUCGGUAUCUACCACGCGACAGGAGGUGGACCAGACGAUGAAAAGCAAGUCUCGGCAUCUCUUAAAUGGGCUUAUGCACCUGAUAUGAAGGGCUCGCUUACCAUCAAAGCUCCCGUUGGGGGCGGCAAGUUCAAAGCCUAUUUCCUUGCAGAUGAUGGGUACAAAUGGGUCGCGAAGCCCAUCGAGGUGGACGCGAAGGAAACUGGAAAUUCCGAUGAGCUAAAGAUCAUGACAUGGAAUCUAUGGUACGGCGGUACGAAAGUGAACAACUAUCACGAUAAGCAGGUUAAAUUUCUGAGCGGGGCGGGCGUCGACGUCGUCGGACUGCAGGAAGCAACUGGCGAGCAUGCGAAGCGCCUUGGAGAAGCGCUGGGCUGGAACUAUCAUCAAGACACCGGAGAUAACAGCGUUGGAAUCAUCUCUCGACUACCAAUCAUCAAGAAACACGCCAAUAUCGGUCGUGGAAGCGGCGUCCAGCUUGCACUCAAAGGCGACACGUCGAAGCCGUUCAACUUCUGGUCUGUACAUACAGCGGCUUAUCCUUACGGACCAUACAGUUUUUGCUUCGAGAACAAGACCGGCACAGAAGUUACUGCAGAUGAAAACAAGGCUGGUCGGCCUAGUCAGAUCAAAGAAGUAGUCGACGGAACGAAGUCGCAGCGCGAAUCCAAGGACCCCUUCGUACUGGUUGGCGAUUUCAACGCUCCAUCGCAUCUUGACUGGACCUCCGUAAAUCAACCAGCCCACUGCGAUAAGAGCUUCGACUGGCCCACAUCCAAAAUCCCAACUGAUGCGGGUCUGAUCGACUCCUUCCGCGCGUGGCAUCCAUAUCCGAAAAUGGUGCCUGGCAACACUUGGUCACCCAUCUACCCAAAGAACGCAGAUGACUGGGAGGGCCAGCCUGAGCCGCAAGACAGGAUUGAUUUCAUCUACGGGACUAGUAAGCUUGAGGUGAAGGAUUCUGAAGUUAGGAUUGCUGGCACCCCGAACGCAUACCCUGAUUAUGAGGACAACGAGUGGACAAGCGAUCAUCGCUCUGUUAUAACUACGUACAAGAUGCCAUGA